CUUAAUCAUGAAAGGGUUACUGCUAUUCCUUGGGCUCGCCGUGGCGUGCGUGUCAGCGCAUGAUGUAGGCUUCAGAGUGAAAUUCAACGUUGGUUUCAACCUUGGCAAUGACUUCUUUUUCGACGUGCCCCGCACAAUAGCUGCGGCCGUCAUCCAGCGCUGGACGCUCACACAGCGAGCUCCCGGCGCUCGGGAAUCCCUUGUCCUUUACUGCCACUCCGAUCUCAUUUUCUGCGCAUACUAUGAUGACAACGGCUUUGUAGCUGGAUUACAAGUAGCACUACCUCAAGAUAAAUUCACAGAGGGAGUUUAUGACUGGGCAACCCAAGGUUUCGUGGAAUGGGUACCUGCAAUUCCUACAGGAGAAAUUAGGAAAUUCUGGGCUAUCUCACAAUUUUUCGUAUCAGAAGAGUAUCUUCAAUUGAGCGCUGCUGAUCGUCUUGCAUUGUACGAUUCUAGUAAGCUUUUGCAACAAGAUGCUGUCUGGUUGACCGGGUUCCACGGAAGUUUGGAUAAAGUAUCUAGCAAGACUAGUGACAUUGAGAACAGCAUCUAUACUAAGCAGGCCUGCAUUCCUUGGAUGGGUCGUCACUACUAUUACAACAUGUCUGAAUCGACCCCCUGCCAGGCUGAUACCUUGUACCCAUGGUUCCCCCUCGUCCACUCCGGCGAUUUGGUUGGAACCGGCUUCGUCGUCUUCGGAAAACUGCCUAUCGAGCCAAAUUCACGUGACUGGUUUGAAAGACCUCCUAGGCUAGCUGUCAAGGUUAUUGUUCCCCACGGACCUGAAUGUCUUUAUAAAUUGGCGGAUAACCCUGGAUUAAUUACCAUGCACAUUUACUACAUCGACAAACCCUGGAAUUUGGGCUGCCUGUUCCAGUAAUGGCCACCACAUUCGAUGGAUGGAAGAGAAUUGAAAUUCUCUCAUUAAUUUAUAUAUUUAUACCUAAACUUUUCUUAGUUUAGCUGAAAAUGUACAAAAUAUACUUUAUAAGACUUGCAUACUAUA